AUGCAGCAGAGCUCCUCUGCUCAGGACCAUGCUGAUCAGGUCCUCCAUGAUCAGCUUCUAGCUGCACAACAACAUCUCCAAUCACAAGGCCAAGAAUCGCGACAGCCACCCUCGCAACAAGGCCACAACAUAGACCCUGCAAUCUCAGGAGGCGCAAUGCUAGCCCCUAACACGCAGGGAUCGUCGUUAGUGCUGCCUCAGGUCUUGUCCGGCGUGCAAGAGGCGGCUGCAGGAAGUGACGCUUCCCGCAAAACAUAUGGAAAGCGCGAAUUAUCGACGUCGAAACGCGCCGAACAGAACCGCGCCGCUCAAAGAGCAUUCCGCCAACGAAAAGAAGGUUACAUCCGCCAACUAGAAGCCCAAGUAAAAGACUACAAAGUCCUCAGCGAAAGCUACAAGGCCCUUCAGGCCGAAAAUUACCAACUACGAGAAUACAUCAUCAGCUUACAAUCUCGUCUGAUUGACUCGCAGAACGAGGUUCCCGCUUUACCAGACAACAUCGACUUGACGCAGCCCCGGCCUGAGCCUCCAUUGGCGGAUUCACAUCAACCCGAGUCCUCUCCUCCUUCGACAUCUUUACCACCACCGCAGCAACAGCAACAACCGCCGCAGUCACAACGACAGCCACAACACACCUUAGCAGCAACACCAACAGCAAUCCCGCCACUAGCACCGCAUCAACAUCCCCAUCAACCGUCAACCGCACCAUCAAAUCCCACAAACGAGGAUCUGGGACAACUAAACCGCAUCGCUGUCGCGGGCCUCGGCAUGCGCAAACACGCCCAUUCCGAUAUCAUCGCCAACAACAAUCAUAAUAGCAACCAAAACAAUAGAGAUCAUUAUCUACCCGAAGAUUCAUAUCCAUGGAAACGACCACGCGGAAACGAUGAUGAUUAUGUGGAUCGGAAUUCGGCGGAGGUGAAGAUCGAGGUUGUUCCUGGGUUGCCUAGUAUGUCUUAA